AUGGACAGGGAGAGCCUCGAGAAAUUCCGAGCCCAGGUGGAGAUUUUGUCUGCCAAGGAGGUUGAGAGGGUUAUGAAAAGGUUAAGCAAGGAGGAGUUUGAUGUGGGAAUCGAUGCUCUGGAGAAAUACAAUAUGGAGCUGAACAAGAAGCUUGAGGAUGCCAGAAGUGAUCUCCAGCAAAGACUGGAAAACUACAAGAUGCUCCUGAACGAUGUUUGGAAUGUGAUUCCAGAUGAUGUUAGAAAACAUUUGGCGGAGCAUUACAAGUCGAUGCGUGACAUUCUAUAG